CAAUUAGUAGCUGAGUAUGCCACAGCUUCUGGGAGCAGAAAAGACCUCUCUUAGCUUCCUACUGAAUAUCUUUAUUCCCAUUUUCCUAGAUUCUGUGAAAAAGAAGAAAUAAAAGGAAAUCACCCACAUUUUCAAAAUGUUUAUCAAAAUGCAAAAUGAGAUAGACCGUGACAGUGAAUCAGAAAAAUACAUCAAGGAUUCCACCAUCAUGAGAAGAGAUCCCCAAAAUGUUCUUGGUCCUUCGGUGCUCCCUAAACUUGAGAUCCCAUUCUCAGUAAAGGAUAUCAUCUCCAGGAUUGAGCAAGCACAGCUCCAUCGAGCCAGACAGGACAUUGAUAUGCAGCUGAGUGAAAUAAUGAACAAUGUGCAUCGAAUAAUGACUCGCUAUAGUCUUGUUUUUAACUCGCCCUCUGAAAGGAAUGUUGCCCUUGCAGAACAUAAGAGAAAACAGAGAACUAGUUUUCUUGAGAAAAUGGCUACUUACGCUAAGACUGCUGAAAUUAAAGAAAAGACUCUUGUCAACAUUCUGGUCUGGUUGGAAGAAUGGAAUGCCAUUUUGUCUGAGAUGACUCUAAUGGAUGUUGAUGAACACCACCACUGGAUAGCACAAAUGGAGAUGUUACCAGAAACAUUAAAAGCUAUUGACAACAAUGUCAAGAUACUAAGCAGAUUUAGCACAUUUUUCCUCGACGAAAAGAAGAAACAAAAGAAAAAAAUAUUAUAUAGAGGUACUUUGUGGAAAUCUUGGAAAGAAAGAGUUAUGAAACGACCUACAACAGCCCAUGCUUUAAGAUCAGAUCAGAUGAUUAGUGAUCCAUUUGCAACAAAUACAAAGGUUUCAGAAAUCCAAGGUAUGCUACAGGAACUCAUAGCCACCACAAUGUUCAGUACAUUGGAAAACAAUGCUAUUAAAUAUAUAUCAUCAACAAUAGCAAACCUUUCUAAAGCUUUGAGUGCGCUAAGUGAUGAAUUAAAAGGUACUAACUUCCAAAGUUCCACUAUAUAUGAACGUGAAACAAGUGAAGCCGGAAAGGAGCUCUCUCUGAAGAUAAUACAAGAUCUCAGCAACGAAAAUGAAAUGCUUCAGCAGAAACUUCAUGAUGCAGAAGAAAAAUGUGAACAACUUCUUCGAUCCAAAAUUGUUACAGAACAGGUGUAUAAAACAUUGUCUGCAUCAUCAACUGUGAAAGUGUUACCUGGAUCUUCUCUGCAGUCAUCCAGGGCCAUUAUCAAAGCUGGUGAUAUUGAGGACAAUAUGGACAAUAUUUUAGACAAGGAACUUGAAAAUAUUGUAGAUGAAGUCCAAAGAAAAGGGACCAAGGGCUCUGGGAUAAAAUGGGACUCCACCAUUUCAUAUACAGCCCAAGCUGAAACAACUCCAGAUUUAACUGAACAGCCACAGCAGCCUGUGGCUUCCGAAGAUAUUUCUGAAGAUGGCACUAAAGAUUACAUACCACUGAAGAAAGGUAAGGAGUAUCAAGCAUGGAAAAAAAAGCAUACAAAAGGCACACAUGUAGAUGAGACCUCUGAACCAAAUCUGAGUGAUAAUAAAGGUGGACAGAAAGUCUCAGAGGCCAAACCUAGUCACUACUAUGAGCUACUGGAAAAGAAAAGAAAAAAGAAAUCCUUUUCUGAAGUCAAAUCAAACUCACCCACUGAAGCAAAAGGCCAACAUCUCUUUUUCACUGAAACAAAGAGCCAAGGUGGCAGAAGUAGAACAAGUAUUAUGUUGGAGCAAUUUAGGAAGGUCAAACGUGAGUCCCCAUUUGACAGAAGACCAACUGCACCAGAGAUUAAAGUGGAACCCACCACUGAGGCACUGCACAAAGAAAGCAAAGGUGAAAUCAGAAGCCUAGUGGAGCCACUCAGUACAAUCCAAUCUGAUUAUACUGAUGAGCCAUCGAAAGAAAAAAUAAAAGGAAAAAAACACCAUAUCUCUUUAGGAACCACUACAAGCAAGGAAGAAAAAACUGAAGAGAAGGAAGUGUUAACCAAACAAGUCAAAUCUCAUCAACUUGUUAAAUCACUCUCAAGGGUAGCUAAAGAGAUUUCAGAAUCUACCAGAGUUCUAGAAAGUCCAGAUGGCAAAAGUGAACAGAGUAACUUAGAAGAAUUUCAGAAUGCCAUAAUGGCUUUCCUAAAAGAGAAAAUUGAUAACAUCGGAAAGCCUUUUGACAAAAAGACUCUUCUGAAGGAAGAGGAGUUAUUAAAAAGAGCAGAAGCUGAAAAAUUAGGAAUCAUAAAGGCAAAAAUGGAGGAAUAUUUCCAAAAAGUGGCUGAAACUGUGACUAAAAUCUUGAGAAAAUACAAAGAUAAAAAAAAGGAAGAACAAGUUGGGAAACCUAAAAAACAAAAAAAGGUAGUCUCAUUUAUGCCAGGAUUGCAUUUUCAGAAGUCUGAAAGCAGUACCUUUCUCUCACAUGAGAGCACGGAUCCAGUAAUUAACAAUUUAAUACAAAUGAUCUUGGCUGAAAUUGAAAGUGAAAGAGAUGUUUCAACAGUCUCAACAGUACAGAAAGACCACAAGGAGAGGGAAGAACAAAGGCAGGAGCAAUAUUUGCAAGAGGAAGAACAAAUGUCUGGCAUGAGUCUCAAACAGCAGUUGCUGGAAGAAGGAAAUCUCUUAAAGGAGCACUAUAAGAGGAUAAGUGAGAAUUGGGAAGAGAAAAAGGCAUAUCACCAGAUGAAGGAGGGAAAGCAAGAACAACAGAGACAGAAACAGUGGCAGGAAGAAGAGAUAUGGAAGAUAGAGCAAAAACAGAGGACUCCAAAGCAGACUGAGCAAGAGGAGGAAGAAGAGCUUCCAGAGUCAAGCCUGCAGCGGCUGGAAGAAGGGAUACAAAAAAUGAAGGCACAAGGGUUGCUCUUGGAAAAGGAGAAUGGACAGAUGAGGCAGAUUCAGAAGGAAGUGAAACAUCUGGAGCCAAUCAUAAAACAGGAGAAACAGAAGAAAAAGCAGAAGCCACAGAGAGGGCUAGAGGACCUUGAAAGGCAAAGGCAGACCGAAACAAAGGAUCGGAUGCAGACGAAGAAGACAAAACCUAAAGAGCUAGAAAAAAUGGUCAUCCAAACUCCAAUGACAUUAUCUCCCAGGUGGAAGAGCGCAGUGAAAGAAGUACAGCAGUCAUAUCAAGGAGAAGAGUUUCACAGGACUCUGAAGACAUUAGAAAAUCUUCCUGAUGAAAAGAAGCCCGUACUAGUCACACCUCCCUCCCCACAAUCCUCCCCACCUGGAGCUCUUCCUAUUUCUGGACAGCCUCUCAGUAAACACAUUCAUCUCACACCUCAGCAGGCCCAGCAAGUGGGGAUCACCCUCACCCCUCAGCAGGCCCAGGAACUAGGGAUCCCUCUUACCCCUCAGCAGGCCCAGGCCCUGGGAAUCCCUCUCACCCCUCAGCAGGCUCAGGCUCAGAAAAUCACUCUCACCCCUCAGCAGGCCCAGGCCCUGGGGAUUCCUCUCACCCCUCAGCAGGCCCAGGCCCUGGGGAUCACUCUCACCCCUCAGCAGGCCCAGGCUCAGAGGAUCCCUCUGACUCCUCAGCAGGCCCAGGCCCUGGGGAUCCCUCUAACCCCUCAGCAAGCUCAGGCCCUGGGGAUCCCUCUCACCCCUCAGCAGGCCCAGGCCCUGGGGAUCCCUCUCACCCCUCAGCAGGCCCAGGCCCUGGGGAUCCCUAUCACCCCUCAGCAGGCCCAGGCCCUGGGGAUCCCUCUCACCCCUCAGCAGGCCCAGGCUCAGGGGAUCACUCUCACCCCUCAGCAGGCCCAGGCCCUGGGGAUCCCUCUCACCCCUCAACAGGCCCAGGCUCAGGGGAUCACUCUCACCCCUCAGCAGGCCCAGGAACUGGGGAUCCCUCUCACCCCUCAGCAGGCCCAGGAACUGGGGAUCCCUCUCACCCCUCAGCAGGCCCAGGAACUGGGGAUCCCUCUUACCCCUCAGCUGGCCCAGGCCCUGGGGAUCCCUCUCAGCCCUCAGCAGGCCCAGGCUCACGGGAUCACUCUCACCCCUCAACAGGCCCAGGAACUGGGGAUCACUCUCACCCCUCAGCAGGCCCAGGCUCAGGGGAUCACUCUCACCCCUCAGCAGGCCCAGGCCCUGGGGAUCCCUCUCACUCCUCAGCAGGCCCAGGCUCAGGGGAUCCCUCUCACCCCUCAGCAGGCCCAGGCCCUGGGAAUCCCUCUCAUCCCUCAGCAGGCCCAGGCUCAGGGGAUCACUCUCACCCCUCAGCAGGCCCAGGCCCUGGGGAUCCCUCUCACCCCUCAGCAGGCCCAGGCUCAGGGGAUCACUCUCACCCCUCAGCAGGCCCAGGAACUGGGGAUCCCUCUCACCCCUCAGCAGGCCCAGGCUCACGGGAUCACUCUCACCCCUCAACAGGCCCAGGAACUGGGGAUCACUCUCACCCCUCAGCAGGCCCAGGCUCAGGGGAUCACUCUCACCCCUCAGCAGGCCCAGGCCCUGGGGAUCCCUCUCACUCCUCAGCAGGCCCAGGCUCAGGGGAUCCCUCUGACUCCUCAGCAGGCCCAGGCCCUGGGGAUCCCUCUCAUCCCUCAGCAGGCCCAGGCUCAGGGGAUCACUCUCACCCCUCAGCAGGCCCAGGAACUGGGGAUCCCUCUCACCCCUCAGCAGGCCCAGGAACUGGGGAUCCCUCUCACCCCUCAGCAGGCCCAGGAACUGGGGAUCCCUCUCACCCCUCAGCAGGCCCAGGAACUGGGGAUCCCUCUCACCCCUCAGCAGGCCCAGGAACUGGGGAUCACUCUCACCCCUCAGCAGGCCCAGGCCCUGGGGAUCCCUCUCACCCCUCAGCAGGCCCAGGAAUUGGGGAUCCCUCUCACCCCUCAGCAGGCCCAGGAAUUGGGGAUCCCUCUCACCCCUCAGCAGGCCCAGGCCCUGGGGAUCCCUCUCACCCCUCAGCAGGCUCAGGAACUGGGGAUCACUCUCACCCCUCAGCAGGCACAGGCUCAGGGGAUCACUCUCACCCCUCAGCAGGCCCAGGCACUGGGAGUCCCCAUCACCUCAGCAAAUGCCUGGGUGUCAGCUGUCACCUUUACCCCUGUGAAAACCCAGGCUUUGGAGUCUCCUAUCAACUUAGAACAGGCUCAAGAACAGUCAUUGAAAUUAGGGGUUCCUCUGACCUUAGAUAAAGCCCAUACCUUGGAAUCACUCCUUACCCUUAACCAAGUCCAACCUUCCCAUAGACCAUUUCAGGAAUUGAAGGCUUCUCUCCCCACUGGGCAAUCCAUCAUAUCAAGAUUAUCUCCAAGCCUGAAGCUGUCUCUGGCAUCAUCUGUUCCUACUGCUAAGAAGUCCUCUAUAUUUGGGGUCUCUUCUACUCCUUUGCAGAUGUCAAGGCUUCCUCUCAAUCAAGGCACCUUUGCCCCUGGGAAACCCCUAGAAAUGGGGGUUCUACCUGAGGCUGGGAUACUUGGGUCACCACAGACUCUUCAUUCCUCUGGACAGACCCUGGUAUACAGAGGUCAAUCCACUUCUGGGCAGUUACCAGCACCACAGGCCCUUCCCACUCCUGGGCAGCUCCCAAUAUCUGGGGCCCCUCCCACUCCAGGACAGCAACUUAUAGCUGCAGUCCCACCUGCUUCUGGACAGAUUCCCAGUCUCUGGGCUCCUCUCCUUCCUGGGCAGCCCUUAGUUCCUGGAGCCUCUUCCAUCCAUGGGGACCGCCUGCAAUCUGGAUCCUUAACCUUCUCUGAGCAGCUCCAGGAAUUCCAGCCUCCUGCCACUGCUGAGCAAUCUCCCUAUCUGCAGGCUCCUUCCACUCUUGGGCAGCAUUUGGCACCAUGGACCCUUCCUGGGCAAGCUUCUUCAUUAUGGAUCCCUCCCACCCCUAGACAUCCUCCCACACUCUGGCCAUCCCCAACACCUGGAAAGCCCCAGAGAGUUUGGUCCCCGUCUUUUGCUAAGAAGAGACUGGCAUUUAUUUCUUCUCUGAAAUCUAAAUCAGCACUGAUCCAUCCUAGUGCUCCAGAUUUCAAGGUAUCUCAAGUUCCCUUCACCACUAAGAAGUUCCAAAUGUCAGAGGUCUCUGAUACUUCUGAAGAAACUCAGAUACUUCAAGAUCCGUUUGCUAUAGAAUCAUUUAGAACAUUUCAGUCCCAUCUCACCAAAUACAGGACACCAGGAUCUCAAACCCCUUACACUAACGAAGGGGCCCUUCCCACUCUCAUGAAGCCUACAAUAUCACUAUCUUCUCUUACUACUCUACUCAAAACAUCACAGAUUUCACCUCCUGAAUGGUACCAGAAAUCCCGAUUCCCUCCUAUAGAUAAGCCCUGGAUACUGAGUUCAGUUUCAGGUACCAAGAAACCCAAGAUAAUGGUGCCUCCUUCCUCUCCUAAAGAACUUGAAGAGAAGAGGUAUUUUGUUGAUGUGGAGGCUCAGAAGAAGAACCUGAUAUUAUUAAAUCAGGCUAUAAAAACUUGUGGAUUCCCUUCACAGCUACAUACAACAGCUAGGACUCUCAUAAUUGAGAUACUUCAUAUGGACACAGUUCAUUUGGGAUACCUAUUUCACAAGUACAUUGCCUAUAGGCUGAUCCAGUAUGCCAGAAACAACAUAAUGAAACGACUAAAAGCCAUCCAGAAUACUGGGAAAGGCUAUGAGGCCAGGAAUCUUUACGUGAUGCUGAGCAGACUUGAUGACUACCAGAAAAAGGUGAUGCAGGUCUGGACUGAGAAGCAGAAGUCUCUAGGGCAGAAACGGAAUCAGUGCUUGAAGAAAAUGAUACAUGUAUUUGACGAGCUCAAAAAGAUGUAUGCAUUGAAUCUUAGUCAACCUAUCCCCUUAAUCAUCGAAGGAAAGCAGAUACCUGACUCUACCAUAUUUGUUCAAAAGCCAUUCUUAAAAUUACUAAUGGAAGAGGACAGAACCUCUGACAUAUUCAAGAAAUUUAGACAACAAGAGGACCAGACAGAGGCCAUCUGGAAUGUUGAUCUGUCCACUACAAGCUACCCAAUAGCAGAGAAGACAUCUAUGCAUUCACUCUGGGCCCAGCUGGGUGGGUACCCAGAUAUUCCUAGGCUGCUUCAGUUAGAUGUGCAGUCUACCUUACGAAAAUCUCUUGCAUCCCUCCAAUCACAGGUUAAGAAGAUUCCCAAAUCACUGUAAAAUUAAAUACAAGCAUGUUGAAGGUACAUAUCUUUCAGGAAACACCUAUUUUGUUCUC